GCCAGUUUCAAUCUGAUCUGGACCCCUUGUAAGUUUCGGUGUCUCUUUGUUUGAGAGGAGGUGCAUCGAGCGCGUUCCGCUUCCCUCCGCGUCCCUUCGUCACCAAUUCCUUGCCAAUCUCGCCAAAAAAAUUUAGUGUUUAUUUUUUUGUUUGCCUUCGCGAUGACGCUAUCAGCCAAGACUCGGGUGUUCGUGGUUUCGUGCGCGUCAAGGGAGUGGGAAUCAACUUGUGGGUGAAUGAUCUGUUGAGAGUAGGAGUGAAAGGGCUGAUAGUGCUCAGUGUCACCAGGUGCAAGAGCUCACAGAGUUCGGAGAGUUUGUGAGGAUUUAAGGCGACAUUGUUUGGAGAACGUGUUCUGCUGGGGAUUCUAGACCGUGUUUGUAGCUAUCCAGCCGAAGUGGCAGAGUUCAUAGUUGCGUUCACAGAGUUUUGCCGCGUAGUUGUGGUGUUUUGUUGGGAGGUGUUGUUGUAGGGUUUUCCGGUUUGAUCACCAUGCCUCGUUCAAAGAGUUCGCGAGGGGGGUCGCGUCCUCAGAGUCGGCCCUUUUCUGCCCCUGCAACUGUGAACCGACCCCCACCUCCACCUCCGGCAUUGGUGCAACAACAGCAGCCGGGUAUGAUGAGGGGCAUUGGGAGCACCAUUGCGGAGGGGAUGGCUUUCGGAGGUGGGAGUGCUGUGGCGCACCGGGCUGUUGACUCGAUGAUGGGCCCCCGCGUUGUGCACCACGAACAUGCACAGGCCAACCAGUCGUCGACGACGACGUCUGCUGGAGGAAGCCAGGAAGCGGGAGCUUGCGUGAAUCAAGUAAAAGCGUUCCAGGAUUGUUUGACGGCCAAUGUUAAUGACAUAAGCAAGUGCCAGUUCUACGUGGAUAUGUUAAAUGAGUGCCGAAAAUCGGCGGUGGAGGCUUCCCAAUCUCCAGUGCAGCAGGAUAACUCUGCUCGAAAUUUAAGUUGAGAACAGUUUUAGAGAGUUGAGAAUGUUUUCAUGAAGAAUAGUGAAGUACCGAGUAAAAGAUUGGAUAUGCUUGUGCGAUUUUGCGAAGCGAAUCCUACAUGGUUUAUUCCUCUCUUCUAUAUCGCUCUCUGCGACGAAUUUCUGAAAUUUCGUUGGCAAUGGACCAAGCCAUCAGACUCUAUUGAUGGUUGUUAGUAUACAAUUCAUGAUGGAAUUUGUAUGCGAAAAUGUGCUAUUACAUUAUGAACUGCUGCAAGCAUGUAAUAACUGCAUUUUGCAGUGAUCCUUCUUUUCAUAUUUACUCAUCCCAGCCAAUGGAAACACAAGAAAAAGUGACUUUUGCCAGAGUCCAAUGACAGAAUACUUAUUUUUUAUGAUAGUGCCUUUAGAUAAAUUUUAACUACAUAUCGGAAUCAACAUUAGGAUUUUCAGAAUACUUAAAAACAACA